AAUUCAAACAAAAAUCAGUUAAACAAUAAUUAGUCGAAAAAUCAGUUAAUAAAACAAAAAUUAUCAGUAAAUUACCAAUAAAUAGAAAUUAAAUCACAGAAGACAGUUAAGACUGGACAACAAAUUGUAUUGUAUUUUAGCUGAUCCGUGACUGACCUAAAUAGUGCCAUGAGUUCAUCGGCGUCACGAAAUGUCAGACAACGGUCGCCGGCAGCACUGCCACCUCCGCCGACAACAGGAGCCGUACACAAUCGGAAAGGCGGCUGCUGUCGGCUUUCAAAGCGGCGGCGAUUGUUGUUUUUAGUGCGGGCAGUGGUGGCCAUCGUGUUCUUUGGUCUGACCGUUUUUCUAUUAACCAAAGCCUACAAAAUAAAACGAAACCCGAAGUGUAUCUACAAAGAGGAAGUGCCGAAACUAUACCGACCGAUGAUCGCCUAUCUGUUAGUUUGGCUGCUCUUUCGGUUGGUAUUCAAACGACGUUUGCGGAAAGGCGGACACGCCGUCCCGAUCUAUUUAUUGAGACAAAGCAUGCAAUCCGUACGUCUGGGCGGAAGAUCGACGGCGUCGACAGCCAGUAACAGAUCAUCUACUAUUCAAUCGAGUAGAUCUAGUUCGCCCGCACGAUCUUCUGGCAGACAAAUGCUUCACUCAGGAGGUAGUAGUCGACAAUUUGGGUCAUCGACAACGAUUGCAAGGACCGACUCUCAGAGCAGUUCUUCUUCGUACAGCAAUUUAGCUACGGCUCCAGCGCUGGGAAGUUCGAGUGGUAUCCGGCGAUCAUCACAGCAACAGAUACGGUGGCCGUCAGUUGCUUCUGGCGGUAGCGUUGGACAACUAAGACCUGGAAAUUCACGGGUAGUUGUGCCGCCACGUAGAAGUCCUACACCAGCUGCUCGUUUAGCUGGUCCGCCACCGGCAGCAGCAGCAGUCCGGGGUCAAGUGUGGCGCAAAGCUAAUUUCCAGGGAACGUCGUCGUCAGAUAUUGAUCAACAUCUUUGGUCGAGUCCUAUGCAGUCAUCAGCAAGUAUUCAGCGAUCGUCACUCCAGAAAAACAGAUCGGCCUCUCCUCCAGACACCGACCAAUCACUGUCUUCACUGCUGUCUAGUCAACAAAGUUUUGGUCAAUCGUAUAGCUUUAGGAAAGCUCCACCUCCGAUACCAUCUCCACGUUUGUUACAACUUCUACCUCCGUCACCAUCUCCACCUCCGCCACCACCUCCACGUCAGUUACCACCUCCGCCACCGCCGCCACCACCUCCACGUCAGUUACCACCUCCGCCACCACCUCCACGUCAGUUACCAUCACCAUCACCAUGGCGCAAAGCUAAUUUCCAGGGAACGUCGUCGUCAGAUAUUGAUCAACAUCUUUGGUCGAGUCCUAUGCUGUCAACAGCAAGUAUUCAGCGAUCGUCACUCCAGGAAAACAGAUUGGCCUCUCCUCCAGACACCGACCAACCACUGUCUUCACUGCUGUCUAGUCAACAAAGUUUUGGUCAAUCGUAUAGAUUUAGGAAAGCUCCACCUCCGAUACCAUCUCCACGUCCGUUACAACUUCCACCUCCGCCGCCGCCACCACCACCACCACCGCCGCCGCCGCGCAUCUUACUGACUAAUUAUUCAAUGCAACAGUCGAGUAGUUUUGGUGAACAAAUACAGAGACCAGCUUUCAGACAGAGAAUACCUCGACCAAUGUCACGACCGUCAACAACACAAUUUCAGUUCAAUCGGCGUCAAUCACAAUCAAUGCGACGCCAAUCUCAUGUCAAUCGACGACAAUCUCAGGUCAAUAGACGUCAAUCUCAGGUCAAUCGACGUCAAUCUCAGGUCAAUAGACGUCAAUCUCAGGUCAAUCGACGUCAAUCUCAGGUCAAUCGACGUCAGUCUCGGCCUUACCGUCGCUCAUCUCAGGCAAAUCUGCGCCGAUCAUCGAUGGCGUCGUCGUCGUCAAUGUCAUCGCUAGAAUCAUCGCCACCACUAAUGGGUGGUCAGCGACCAAUGCUCAGCAGCAGUCCAUCUUCGAGUUCACUUAUGUCUGGUGGCGGAGCCUUUAGCUCACAAACUAGUCAACAGAGUCUGACUACUGGUCAACAAAGCCUGGCUACUGCUGGUCGUCCAGCUCUGGGCCGUAUGUCUUGUCGGGCGUGUGGCUCACGGAUCUCACCGAAACAGUUCCUGCGAAUCAGCCGUCGUCAGCGCAAUCAGUCGGCAGCUUCCCGAGGACCGGCCGCUGGACUCACGCCAUCGUUGACACCGAAUCGGUCGCUACGACGGCCGUCGUCACAGAUGUAGUGAUUGUAUAGUCAUUUGAAAGAAAAUUAAUAAAAACAA